UAAUGGGGUCCUUACGGGGGCUUGGGGCACGGAGGUACUGGGGGUGUCACCGCGUCUGGUGGGGGCUUGGGGCACGGAGGUACUGAGGGUGUCACUGGCUUCGGGGCAUGAGGGCAACACUGCGGCUGGGAGGACAUGGAGAUAAUGGGGUGUCAACAGGGCAGGGGACCCUGGGACGUGGCUGCGUCAAUGGGGUCCCCGGUACAGGGGGUAACAGGGGACGUCCGUGUGGGGGGACCGUCCCCCCGCCGAUCCCGGUACCAGCAGCCUGGCAGCGACCUUACCUGAACAUCUUCAAGCACUUCCGCGUGGAGGAGUGGAAGCGCUCCGCCAGGGAGGGGGACGUGGCUGCCCUCACGGACGCAAGGUUGAAGGGAACUGUCUACCGGAUCCGGGGCUCCAUCCCCGCCAGCAACUACCUGCAGCUGCCCCGGACGGGGACGCAAUCGCUGGGGCUGGCGGGGCGUUACCUCUACCUGCUCUUCAGGCCCAUGCCCCGCAAGCACUUCGUCGUCCACCUGGAUGUCGCCACCCAGGAAAACCAGGUGGUUCGCAUCUCUUUCUCCACCCUCUUUAAGGAGUUCAAAUCCACGGCCACCUGGCUGCAGUUCCCCUUCCUCUGCGGGGCAGCCGAGGGCUCGCUGGGCGACGGCGCAGCCAGGCGCGAUCUCAUGGGAGCCGCCCCCGCCGACGUGCGCUGGACCUGCCUGGUGCUGGACCUGCCCUCCAUCCUCUCCCUCUACCUCAGCCGACGGUACAGCCACCUGAAGAGCGUCAAGCUCUGCUCCAACCUGCUGGUGAAAAACCUCUGCACGAGCGACUUGGUGUUCGACCCAGGUGUGACCUUCUCCGAGGCCCGGCGAGCCGACCUGGCCUGCCGCGGGGUGGCUCCCAUGCCACGGGAAAUGGCUUUCCCCGUGCCCAGGGGACAGAAGUGGCACGACCUCUAUGACUACAUCAGGUUCCCAUCCGAGGGGUCCAAGCUGUCCUACGACUCCAUCCAGAAGAUUUGUCCUGGUCCUGCGGCAGGUGGCCAAGUCUCAAAGGACCCCCAGCCGGUGACGCUCACCAAAGCAGUCCGUGACCGACUGUCCCUCAUCCAUCAGAUAACCAGUCCCAAAGCUAUGCCACGUCGGCGCCCUGUAAUUACGAGAAGCAUCCCUGAGGUUCACCUGACAGCCCCAGGGUCUCCGGCAGCCGUGCCUAGUGGGGACCAGGAGCUGGAGAAGACCCAGAGACCGCACAGCGCAGGGGACAUUGGGCAGUCAGCGGCAGUCGGUGACGGUGGCAUCCAUGUGUACGCUCACCAGAGGAGCGAGCGAACCAUCCGAGCCACCCACACCGGCUCAGAGGAGAGGCUUUUACCAGAUCCCAUCCUGAAGCUGAGAAUGAUUAUUGGCUUUGGAGGCUGCAGCACCAAAUGGGCGCUGUGGACUCGGAACAACGCUGCGGUGGUUUACCCCUGCCACGCUGUUAUAGUCACCCUGCAGAUCCAGACCGGGGAGCAGAGGUUCUUCAUUGGACACACGGAUAAGGUGUCGGCGCUGGCCUUCAACGGGAACAGCACCUUGCUGGCUUCCGCGCAGGCUGGUCCCCUCAGUGUGGUGCGACUCUGGGACUUCCCGACGGGCACCUGCCUCUCCGUGUUUAAAACCCACGUCUGCUCCCUCUUGUCCCUGAGCUUCUCCUACAGCGGAGCCGUUCUGUGUGGCGUCGGAAAGGAUGGGCAUGGCAAAACGCUGGUGGUGGUGUGGAACGCUGCUCAGGUGACCCGUGGUGGAGAGGUGGCCGUGCUGGCCAAAGCGCACACGGAUGUGGACAUCCAGGCCUUAAAGAUUGCCUUUUUUGAUGAUACCAGGAUGGUGUCGUGCGGCCGGGACAACAUCAGGCUGUGGCGAGUGCGGAGCGGAGCACUGCGCUCGUGUCCCAUCAAUCUGGGCGAGUACCAUUCCCUGGAGUUCACCGACCUGGCCUUCGAGGAGGGGCACGCAGCCGAGCGGGAGCCAGAGGACCGCAUGCUCUUCGUCUGCAGCAAGAGCGGCCACGUCCUGGAGGUGGAUUACAAGAACGUCUGCGUGAGGACUGUGCGGCGGCUGCUGCCCGCCGAGUCCCGGGGCUGCCAGCGGCAGGACAAGGCAGGCCCCGGGAUCGCUAUAAACAGUAUUAGCUUCUCUUCAACCUUCUGCGCCACGGGUUCAGAAGAUGGCUACCUGCGGCUGUGGCCACUGGACUUCUCGGCUGUUGUCUUAGAGGCGGAGCACGAGGCUCCGGUGAGUUCUGUCUGCAUCAGCCCGGACAGCCGCAAAGUCUUGUGCACGACGGCUGCCGGGAAUGUGGGUUACCUGGAUAUCCAGUCCCAGGGCUAUAACACCCUCAUGCGCUCUCACGAGGACUCCGUUCUGGCGUUCUCGGUGGAGGGGAUUUGGAAGCAGAUGGCAACGGUGUCUCAGGACAACACCAUCCGAGUCUGGGACCUGGCCUCCAUGCAGCAGCUGUACGACUUUACGGCCGCAGAUGAAAUGCCAUGUGCUGUGGCCUUUCACCCUACCCAGCGCGUCCUGGCCUGUGGCUUCGACAGCGGGAUGGUGCGGACCUUCAGCUUGGCUGCCUCCAAUCUGCUGGUGGAGCACAAGCAGCACCGCACUGUGAUCACUGGACUGACCUUCUCUCCAGAUGGUAAUUUCAUGUUCAGCUGCUGUUUGCAGGGAACUCUGGCUCUUUACAGCUGUAUGGCUCAGAAAAGCCACGUCCUGAGGGUCCUGGGUAACGUGGUGGCCCGGGAUGCUGGGAGCGGUCCGGAUGCCUUGGUGGUGAGCGGGGACAGCCGUCUCCUGGCCUUCGUGGGUCCCUCCAAGUACGUUGUGACGGUGAUGGAGGCCUGCUCUUUAGAUGAGCUGCUGAGGGUGGACAUCAGCAUCCUCGAUUUGAACAGCACGGCCUUGGACUCGGCAGUGAGGGUCUGCUUUGCCUCGGCGCCUCGAGGCGAGCUGCUGGUGUCCACUUCUUCCAAUAAAAUCCUCGUGCUUGAUGCAAAAACGGGACGGCUGGUGCGAGAGGUGUCUCCCGUGCACAAGCUGUCCUGUUCUUCCUUGGCGCUGAGCAAGGAUGGCAGGUACCUGCUCACUGCCGGCGACAAAGUUAUCAAAGUGUGGGACUAUCGGAUGCGCUUCGCUGUCAACUUCCAGGUGUACAUCGGGCACUCGGAGCCAGUGCGCCAGGUGGCCUUCACCCCAGACCAACGGCACGUCAUCAGCGUUGGAGAUGCCAUCUUCCUCUGGGAUUUCCUGGCUCUGCCUGCGGAGAGGUCACCCCGAGCCGAGGCUCCUUCCUCCGAGUCCGCUCUGCUGCCGGGAGCAGGGCAGAGGAGAAGUGGCUUCUCCUGUGUUGGAAGAAGCUGGAGAAAUGACCUUGGAGAAGGGAGCUCUGAGAAGCUAAAGGAUGCCUCUGAGACACCUCGGCAGACAGUUCCUCUCCCCUUGUUGUCCUCACCACCCUGUCUGGACGUCAGCUCUGUCCACCAAGCGGGAUGUCAAAGUAUUUUCUCUGAGUCGGACAAAGAGGAGGAAGCAGGUCUGCCAGGCAGCAGCAGGAUGGUGGCGAAUGGAGAUAAAGACGCCUCGGUCCGUGUGGUGGAGUCGGUCAGAAGCGAGGAGCUGCUUGUUGUGAGGCCCAAAGUGGGGCGGGAGAGCUCGAGGUCUCCUGGAGAAUCGGCAAACGCUGCUGGUCCCGAACUAUUCCCAGGAACAGCAUCCCAUCGAGACUGUUUUCUACUUUCCGUGGCAGAACCCAGAAAGGAGACCAAAAGUCCCAAGUCCCAGUGCUCUGUCCGCCCAGAUUCCUACCGGCAUUUCACUCCUCGCUUUAAGGCAUCGGUGCUCCCCCAGAAUUUAUUAUCUCCUCCAGCUGGCAGUGAAGUCUUGAAGCUGAAAGGAGUGAUUGGCUACAACGGGAACGGCAGAGGGAAUAUGGUGUGGAACCCGGACACAGGCUUCUUCGCCUACACCUGUGGCUGCGUCAUCGUGGUUGAAGACCUGCACUCAGGAUCACAGAAUCACUGGCUUGGCCACACAGAGGAGAUCUCUACGCUCGCCCUCAGCCACGACGCCCAGGUUCUUGCCUCUGCCUCGGGAAGGAGGAGUGGAGACUCCCAUUGUCAGAUCCGCAUCUGGAACGUCCAGGACGGGGUUUGCACAGCAAGUCUCUUCCAUCACGAGACGCAAGUACAAGCCAUGGCCUUCUCUCGGGAUGACAGGUUCCUCGUCACCCUAGGGGACUACAGCGACCAAACCAUUGCUCUGUGGAAUACCUACACUUACAAACUCAUCUCAUCGACUUGUAUCUCGGAGCCAGUCCAUGACGUGGCUUUUAGUCCUUUUUCUCACAGAGACCUGGCCUGUGUGGGGAAGGGAGCCAUGAUGUUUUGGCUGUUGGAGCAGCAGGGAGCUGAUGUCAACCUCAAGGUUCAUCGGGUCCCUGCCCCGGACGUGCUAGGGCCGGUGGAGCUGACCUCUCUCUGUUACGGUGAUGACGGUCUUCUUUAUAGUGGGACGAACUCAGGCCAGAUCUGCGUGUGGGACACUGAAACUAAUUGCUGCUUUAUGACAUGGGAGGCUGACGAGGGCGAGAUCGGCGUGCUGGUGUGUGGGCGCGACAGGCUGGUGAGCGGCAGCAACACGAAACGCAUCCGCCUGUGGGCAGUGGCCGCCGUGCAGGAGCUGAGGCUGAAAGGUGCCGAUGCCAGGUCUAGCUCAGUCCUGCUAGAACAUGAGAUUACCCUCGACGGGACAAUAGUCAGUGCAGCCUUUGAUGACUCUUUAGAAAUGGGAAUUGUGGGCACCACGGCCGGAACGCUGUGGUACAUCAACUGGACGGAGAGCACAAGCAUCCGACUAAUCAGCGGCCACAAGAACAAGGUGACCGAAGUGUGCUUCAGCCCCGACGAGACUCACUGUGCAACAUGCGGGGAAGACGGCAGCGUGAGGAUUUGGUCUCUGGGCAGCAUGGAGCUGGUGGUACAGUUCCAGGUGCUCAACCAGAGCUGCCAGUGCCUGGCCUGGAAGCCCCAUCCCGUCGUUGCAUGGGGAGCUGAGAGCCAGCACGUAGUGGCAGGCUACAGCGAUGGCACCAUCCGCAUCUUCAGCAUUUCCAGGACAGAGAUGGAGCUGAAAAUGCACCCCCAUGCCGUUGCACUGACGGCAAUUGCCUACUCCACAGACGGAGAGAUGAUCCUAUCAGGGGGCAAGGACGGGCUCGUGGUUGUCAGCAGCCCUCGCACCGGAAUGACCAUCCACAUCCUCGCUGAGCACAAAGGCUCCCCCAUCACUGUCCUCCAGUGCACCAGGAAGCAGUACUGGGACUUUGGGGUGGAAGGAGGCGAGCUCUGGCUGGCCACCAGCUCGGACCGGCGGGUCAGCGUCUGGGCCUCCGACUGGCUGAAGGAUAAGUGUGAGCUCCUCGACUGGCUCAGUUUCCCGGCUCCUGCUGGCCCUGAGGGCCUCGGCAGCCUCCCGCCCAGCCUGGCCGCCUUCUGCCCUUGGGAACCCGGUACCCUGGUCUACGUCGGCUUUGGGAUGCAGAAGGAAGCCCUGUUUUACAGUCUGCGCAAGAAACAGGUAGUUGAGAAGAUCUCCUUGCCGUACUUUGCCACAUCGCUGAGCCUGUCUCCUGCCGCACACUUCAUGGCAGUCGGCUUCAGCGAACAGCUCCUGCGGCUGCUGCGCUGCCCCUCCAGUGAGGCGCAGGACUACGCCGGGCACGAUGACACUGUCCACCUCUGCCGCUUCGCCCCCUCCGGCCGCCGCCUCCUCACGGCCUCCCACAGCGCCGUCCUCCUCUGGGAGCUCACGGCCAGUUGAGCCGGCAGGCCCCUGGACCGGCAGUGCUUCUCCAGUGGGGCAGCCGGCCCCCGGCUCCCCUGGGCCGGCCCCGCCUCCUAGGCGAGGCCCCAGCUUAGGCCCCAACCAGGCCCCAGCCUCACCCUGCGCUCCCCGCCUGGGCUGCGGGGAGCCGGCUGCGGCGGCGGGCCCGCCGGCCAGGCCCGGCCGGUUGGGCGAUGUGUUUUACAGACUCCAUUUGCCGUUUUGUUUUGUUUUAUUUUGGUUUUUAUUAAUAAAACAACGAAAGCUGAA